AUGAUCAUUGCCGCUCAGAUCAAUCCAACUACUCGGGCUUUAGCUGACGACUUGCAGGCUAGACAGCUCCAGUACUGGUUGGACAACAAAAAGACAUCAGCGAAAGUCUUCAAGCUGCUGAAGCUGAACAAGGCUGGCGACACGUUGCUUGACAAUCCCCAAAUUGGCGGGUGGCUGAAAUAUGUGGCUGACUUCAACGAGAAAAACCCGACAAAGGCAGAGAAGAGCAUUGUGCUUUUGACGAAUCACUACGGUGAUGAGGCCCUGUCAAAGGUCCUGCUAGAGGCAAAGCAAAUCCCAAGCACAGCGAGCAUCGCUGACAGGCUGCACGGAGAGCAAAUACAGCGCUGCUUAGCUACUAAGGAAGCCCCUAGAUAUGUCUUCAAAUUCUUGACACUUGACAAAGCUGGUGAUAAAUUGCUCGAAAAUCCGCAGCUUACAGCGUGGUUGAAAAAACAAGCCGGUAGCGAGAGUUGCCGUCAUGGCGCACUAUUACGGCGACGAAGCGUUGACAAAGCUGCUGUUCGACGCAAUGAAGACCCCAAGUACGGCAAGUAUGGCAUCUACAUUUCACGAAGAGCAAAUAGCGUUGACGAAGAUGUUGUUCAAAGCAAUGGAGACACCGAACACAGCAAAUAUGGCAGGCAAGUUUCACGACGAACAAUUCCAGCAUUGGUUGGAUACUCAAACACACCCUGGAGAAGUCUUCAGGCCUUGGUACUUGACAAGGCCGGUGACAAAUUGCUACAAAAUCCGCGGUUUGCAACGUGGAUAAAAUAUGUGGAUGAUUUGAAUUCGGACAACCUGUCGAUAUCGAAAUAUGCGGUCAUGGCACAUUACUAUGACGAUGAGACGUUGACGAAAAUGUUGUUCGAGGCAAUGAAGGCUCCGAGUACCGCCAAUAACGCAGCUAAACUUCACAAAGAACAAAUCCAGUACUGGCUGGAUACUCGGAAGCCCCCUGGAGAUGUCUUUCAGCUCUUGUCGCUGGACAAGGCAGGCGAAAAGCUGUUCGAUCAUCCACAGUUCAUGAAGUGGGUAAAAUACGUGGAAGAUCUUAACAAGGUACAUCCCGACAAGAAAACGACCUUAAUAUCAGUUUUGGCUAAACAUUACGACAGCGAAGCGUUAGCAAAAAUGAUGGAGUCGGCCAAGGAUGUCCCUCAAUCGGCGAAACUGGUAAAGCUACUGGAGACAGAGCAGAAAUGGAUGACGAAAGAGACCCCAGAUAAUUUAUUCAAGCGACUCAAACUGGAUCAGAUGGAGAAUCAUGUGCUGAGUAAUACUCAGCUCAAGACUUGGAUUAACUACAUGAAGGAGUACAAUGCGGUGAAUCCCAAAUAUAAGGCUACACUGAUUGGAACAUUGGCGGCGAAUUAUGGAGAAUUAAAAGUAAUAAAAAUGCUGGAUGAGGCCGCGAAGGCGAAAGAUACUGCGGGCGAUGCCAAGGUACUGAAGAACGAAUUAUUGCAAAGCUGGAUGCAGAAAGGCUGGAGUCCGGAGUACAUCUUCGACGUGGUGUUACGUCUUGACCAAGAUGGAAAUAAGCUCUUUAGAAAUCCGCUGGUGACCACGUGGGGAAAAUAUUUAAUUGCUUUUAAUCGGGAUAAUUACGGCAAGGAAACGACGAUAAGGAUGAUGUUGGCGGCUACGGGUAUAGACCCCGACGACUUGAGACCUGUGUCUGACAAAGCUCCAGAACAGUUUUUCGCUAUGAUGGGACUCACCGAUAAGGGACACAACUUACUGAUAAGCCCUGAAUUCGCCAAAUGGAUUCACUACCUCGAUGACUUCUACGAAGAGUUUCCUGAUUUGCGUAAAACCAUGAUGACAAAUCGUUGGUCGGCGGACCAAAUCUUCACGAUCCUCAACCUUGACCGAGCAGGAUCAUCACUAUUCACCGGUCCUUGGUUGGACACGUGGAUUCGAUACAUGAUUAUGUUUGAAGAAUGGUAUUUCCACAAUCACAUGGCCAAGACGCUUUUGAAAUACUACGACGAGAAUGAUCUGUCACAGAUGGUCAAAAUGGCAAAGUGCAAUCCAAACACAGAAAAGCUGGCCUCAUAUAUCGAGAAUGCCCUGCUCCGUUUCAAUAAUCUACCAAAAUCUGAUUAA